GAUAGCCAAAACAUGACUUCUUGUUUUUGAAUUCCAUUGCCACUUUUACAGCCUACUGGUAAACAAUUUGGGAAUGAGGUUAUUCGCAAAUGUUGCCGCGGUUUUGUCUCUCCACCUGUGUCUUACCUUAGCAAAAAAAGACCUCCUGCUUCCUAAAUGUGUCAAGAUAGUUUCUAUUAACACCCCUCUUGACGAUCCAACACGAGCGACAGAGAACUAUGGCGUACGAGCUGACAAAAAGAGAGCGAUACUUACGGACAAACCAGGAAUCUUUCGGAUUCGUAAGGGACUCACGGAUGAGAAGGGAACAGUAUCUUUGGAAGCGCUGUUUCACCCCAGGUUUUACCUGCGCCACAAAAACUACCACUUCCAUUUGGAGAAAGAGGUCAACAACUCAGUGUUCUAUAAGGACGCAACAUUCUUCAUUUUAAAAGUGACAGAACGCCCAGCCCUUUAUGCGUUUGAGCUCUACAGUCAUCCCGCGUGGUUCCUGCGACAUUUGAAACACAAGCCUUACAAAAUGGUUCUCAGGAAAGUUAAUGAAUCGAGUAAAGACGUCUUGGAUUCUACUUUUUUUCUCGCUCCCCAUCGCUGCUUUCCAAAGAAGGGAAAUGAUGGCAAUGCUGAAAAAAAGACUGUUUUAGUUGGAGGCGGUACAUUUAUAGACACUGCAGAUGAAGACGCUGAUAUUGCGAGUGCAAAAGCCAACGAUUUACACGCUGAGGAUUUUGAGAAGGCGUAUUUAUCGAAGGAUCAAGAUGAAAAGGACGACUCAAUCGUAAUACACACCGAAGAUGAUCAGAUGGAUGAUGAAAAGCCAAUUAAGAUACACACAGAAGCGGAAUCCCCCGAAGAAAACCAGGAAGAAAUUUUAAAGGAAAUCGAAGAUGCAUUCAGAAUUUCCCAGAAUACAGACAAUACCACGUACCUCGAGAAAAUAGAGAAAGAUAUCGAGGAAAAGGUGAACACCAUAGCGGAGAAAGCUUCAGAUUAUCUCAAAAAGCCGUCAAUUCACACUGGAAAUAAAAGUAAUAGCAAAGCAAGUGCGGUCGACGAUAUUGAGAUCCAUACAGAAGCCGAUGAAGAGGAAAAAACGAAAAAAAUUCAUUCUGAAAACGAUGUUGACCAACCAAGCCAUGAACAGGACUCGAUGCACAACUCUUCAGAGGACAAUGAAACGGAAAGAACACAAAGAGUGGAGGUUCUAGGCCCUGUGAUCGAUCUCUCGAAGCCUGUGGAUCAGAACGAUGAAACAGAUAUUGAUAAGGAGAUUGUAGUUACAGGACAACCCAAGUUGAACGGAAAACUUACAAUCGACACAACAUACCAUUAUAACCAUCCGUACAAGUUGAAGAACAAGGAACAGGAGAAACACGAAGAGAAGCUUGCCGGGUUUAGUAUCGAUGACGUAUUUUCCCCCAAAACUCGUUCAAACAGAACGUCUUACGAGACUCCAUUGCGCCCACACGCUGUGCAGAACAAGGCGUACAAGGAUUUGACGGUGGCAAACAAAGCUUUGAGCUCGAACAUUGAGAAAUUAAAGAAUGUUCUGGAGGCGAUCGAGGAUGUACCAAGCGAUAAAAAAACUAGUGAAAAAGGAAUUGUUGUGGUAAGGAAACUACAUCCAAAUGCAUUACACCAGCAACAUCUAAAAAAUAAAGGUCGAUUUCUGGCGCUCAGUGGAACUCCACAAGUUCACGAGAACCCGCCUUACUUGCCCCAAGAACCAUCGAACAUUAAGGUGCUAAAGUCGCAAUCGACCACACAGACAACUAUUACGAAGUUACCGGGUUCCCCGGUCACACCGCUAGCUGCCGAUAAAAAGGCGUCUACAAUGAUAAAGAGUCCGACAGCGAAGACUUCUACCUUGCAGAACGACAGCGUAAAACAAACGCAGCUGCCAGUGAUGGAUGCUUAUCCCCAUGGGGAAAAUUCUAUUGCACCAACAAGCGCGCCAGGAUUGCACGUGAUUCAAGGCAAUAGAAACCUGCCCAGUAGCAAAGCUCGUACCAAUGCUUCUUCAGAGGUGUUUGAUCACCUGGCUAGUGAACUUGUCGAUCAUGAUGCCACAGGAAACCCAACUCCUGUCACCGCCGACAAAGGCACUACAAACAGUGUGACUGACUGGAUGAAAAAGCUCAAGCCCCACAACAAUUCAUUACAGGAGACUUUUAACGAGCUGAAUCCUGAUGAUUCUGCCAAGAUAUUUUACCUUGGCGAAUGCGAGGACAAGUUCCCCAAAGCCUGUGAGGACUGGGCGGCCCAACGAUAUUGUUUAACUUUUAGCGAGCUGAUGAAGAGAUAUUGUAAAAAGGCCUGCAAACUAUGCAAUCACGUGCUAGCAACGGGUUUCACUUCUUGCGAUAAAACAUGCGGCGGAGGUGUCAGAUUGCGCAUGAUCAAAGUGAACAACCGACAAGUUCUACAGCGAAGGUCGUGCAAUGUGCAGAGUUGUCCAAUUCAUGGAGGCUACACACCUUACUCAGAGUGGUCCGAAUGUAGCGUAACAUGUGGUGAAGGAGUGCGUUACCGACACAGGUCAUGCACUAAUCCGAGACCUCAGUUCGGUGGACGUGACUGCAGUCAUUUCGGAGCACCAGUUGACACUAUGCCGUGCGUUAAAGGAUGUAAAGGAUUUAAACCAGGCAAAUACCAUUCCUCUCUCAAUUCAGGACUUAAGAAAGGCAAACAUCAAACCGACCGCUUAAGUCCCGAGGAGUUUCCUGAAUAUCACGCAGAAGAAGCAAAUCCGAAGGCCUCAGAUCCUGUAGGGGAAAAAGAAGCCGACUCGGAUGGCGAUGAAGAAGACUCCGGAAGUGCAAAUGAACCUUCCAGUAACCAAGAUUAUGGUCACGAGUUUGAAUGGCCUAAGAAGCACCACCGUCACAAACCAGUUGUCCUAAACCACGUGCACAAAAACGUUUACAAACACCGAGAUGGCUAUGGUAACAAUCAUUAUCUAAACGUUGAUGAGGAGCAGAAUCCGUACGAUCAACUUCAAACCCACGUGGUGCGAUACCGUGGCCGCCAAGUGGCAAAAAUGGAGUGUGGUCCUUCGAGACUGCUUCACUACCAAAAGCAUCCUUCCAAUAGACCUACAGCGUUUGAAAGAUCUAAUCCGUACAAUUUCUUUGACGCUGGUGAGAUUGUUUAUGAUAAAGAUGGCGUACCCACUGAUACCACCACGAAUGUCCUUCAAGCUUUUGACUCACCUUACAAAAUAAUUCUUCAAAAGGGCAAAAACAACCAAAUGAAAGUGAUGGAGCAGUGCAUUGAGUCAGAUGCUUCCGUGAACCCUGAGGAGGAUUUAAAGCUUGGUUCUCAGGGUCUGGCUAUGCCAAGUGAACAGCGGUCACUUCCAACCAUUUCUACAGAAAAACCAGCUAUGAAUAGUCUGGCAUCCAAUCGCUUCGCUGAGAAUGGUCUAUAUGAGUACAAGUACCAAGACAUAGGAGAAGGUGUCGAUGAUAACAAAAUAGAAAGUGACGUCAGUGAUCAGCUGACCAGAGCAAUCAAGAACGAGGAAGCAGAAAUCAGUCAGAAAUCUUUAAGGAGUCAAGAUCCUAAACCCACCCUUAAAGAAGAACUCUUUGCUGAGAAAGAGGAAGCCUGGAGAGAGAAGAAAUACGAAGAUUCCCUUGCCAGACGGGCUAAGGUGAUGUCUUAAAAGAAACAUAACAACGCUAUGAAGAAGUUAACCGAGAUCACAGCGAUCCUUGGCUUACACGUCUGGCGAAGAGUUCCUGUAGUGUAGACAUCUCCAGCUCCACUGACCUCUAUUUAUUUGGUCAGUCAAACUGUGUAAUUUUAGAUACUAAUAGAUCCUUUCUAAAUAGGGAAUUAUUACAUCCUCUUUAAAGUUGAUUUACAAUUUUUAUUUCUCCUGAGUUAUUCUAAACGCAAUGAGUAGAUAACAUAAUGAUGAAUGAUUUGUUUGAAAUGGCGGCAGGCAUGUCACCUGACAGGAACUAUUGAAAUAUUUCUGCAAUUGUCAUUAUAUCAGAUAGGACCCUGCUUGGACGGACUGAAAUUACUCCAUUGAUGUCUGAGAAUCUCGAACAUGCACCGAUUAAGGAGAAAAAAAGUAUCCACCCUGUGUAAAUUUAAUUUAGUAGGAUUAGGUCUCAAGAUACUUUCGAUUCAAUUUUUACACCUGGUGUCCAUCGAGAGAAUAAAAUUUGAUUCAGAUUGGAAAAUCAAGAAUUACGGUCUGUAAGAUAACCUAACUAAUGAGAAAUAGUAAUAUCAAGAGAAUACAACAAUAAUUUCUUUACAAAGGUGUUUCAACUAAUCCAAAAUACAAAAAAAUGACUGUAAAGUGAAAAAUUUGUUUGGAGGAUAAUAGAAGGCUGUACUUACGAAUUCAUAACUAAUGUAUAACUAGCCGAGUAAACUCUUAAUAUGACCGGAUCACUCAAACGGUUCUGUUUACGUAGAUGUAUGUAGAUAAAUGCACUUGAUAACGUUGUUUAUCAAUACAACUAUUUUUAAGUGAAAAUAGAUAAUAAAAUUUUCAU